AUGGAGAAAAAUAGAAGUCCUACACAGAAUAGGAAGUUGCUGAACCCAGGAGCUUGCACCCAACUGAAAGAGGUACCUGAAGGGCCAUUUCCACCGGAAGGAGAGGAUUUUCCCUUAAAGCUAUUUGACUCAUUGGAGUCUGAUUCUGACAGCUUAAUUCAAGAAAGGGAAUAUCAACUGGAACUGCAGCAUCGCAUUCAGGACAAUGAAGAGAUGGUAACUUUAGAAGACACUGAAUAUGAUACAAAUAAUGGGGAGGAGGAUGAAUGGAAUCUCUAUGACAGUCUGGAGGAUAUGGAAGAUGAGCAAUAUGAAGAACAGAUUGAACCAGAACACAAAGUCAAUAACAAUAUAAGCCUUCAAACUACUGACAGAUACGCCAACCUACGAUAUAAUCCUAAUUGGAGAAAUACCAAAGCAGGAGCAAAGAUUCUUAUGCCCAAACAAAACUAUGAAUCACUUCAUGAUUCACUGGAGAAUUUGCUUCAAGAGUCAAAUGAGCUAUUGGAGAAAACUGAAGGAAGAUACAAUGAACACCAAGAUAAAGUGGAACAAAAAAGGCACACAAAUAAAGCUCGUGCAGUUGGAUUUCGUUUGAGAGAUGAUGAUAACAUAGAGAAACAACUUAAAAGGAAAAGACCGUCUUCACCUUACAUUAAAUGUGAAGUUAACAUGCAAGAAGAACAUGAAUCACUUGCUUCUUCUGGAUUUUGUGAUUUGCAAAAUGACAGGAAAAUCAAAUCAGACACAAUUGUAGCAGAAGUAUCCCAGGAAAACCAUGAGGAACAUCAGUCUCAUGAUGAAGAUAAUUGUGAAAUGUUUAGUGAUUCUGAAUGCGAACACCUGGAUUCACUGGAACAGAAAAGACUAACAGAUAAAUCUCAAGGAAUUAAAUUUAGGUUGAGAGAAAGUAAUAAUGUACAAAAGCAGUCUGAAAGGAAACAUUUGCCUUCUUAUUAUAAAAAUGAACAAAGUGCCCAAGAUUGUGAAUCACUCGAUUCUCCUAGAUUUUAUAUUGAUACAGUUAAGAGUGAUUUGGAAAACAAUAAGAAAAUUGGAACAAGAAAAUUCUUAAUUAAAGAACCUAAGGAUAAGCAUGAGAAAGAUGAAGAUCACAAUGAAGAAGAUGACUAUGUAAGUUUGAAUGACCACUAUCAAAAAGAAUACCAGCAAUUCAUGGAGCAAGAGUCAACCUGUAGUGAUAUGAGCAUAACGAGUGUGAAACACUCCAAGAACCGUGUGAUCUCUCAUGACAGGAAAUUGCAAACAAAAGUGAGAGUACAGGAUAAUAUUGUGGAACGGAAUAAACAGACUCUGGGAAGAAACAAAAUAAACUCAUAUCAACUGUUGUACAGUGAAAAGAAAGAGGUUAAAGGUACACAGCAGCUAUCUUCUGCAAAAAGUUCCAAAUGUGUGAACACUCAUGAGUCUGUCCAGCAUGUUUUGGAUGGUGAGGAGAGCAGUACUAUUGAAAUGAAGUGGAAGCAAAAGGCACAGAAAUUGCAGAACCAGAAAGCAAAACAACUAUCUGCUCGGAAAAAAGGAUUGACCAGUGUGUUGAGAGACAGAUCCUCAAAACCUCCUGAUAAACCUUCCAGUAAACAGCAGAUGCAGAAAUCCCAGGUCUCUGAGGACCAAUCACAUCACUUUGAAAGCAUAGUCCAUCAGAAUAAAAAUGCAUCUGAGUUGCUAGUAAUUCAGAGAGAUGACAGCCGUGUCUUGUUGACUCCUAGCACUGACCGAACAUUUACUUCAUCAUCUGUCAAUCAAAUUGGUCCUGCCUUUGUUCCGAAUUCUCACCCAACAGUGAAUCUGAAUAUCAACUUAAAUACAUUGUCAUCUGGUGGCAAUACGCAGACCACUGUUAAGCUGGUCCCGGCACAUCAUCCGAUGAGUCAAGAUGCUUCUAUUUGCAGAGAUCACAAUGUUUAUAAUACAUCUCAAAAUCCUGUUCCGUGUUUUCAGGAGUAUCAGAAGAAUCCUGAAUCAAGGAUCUCUCAUUUUCCAAACCAGCUCAGCACUAAUGCAUCCCAUUUUUUAAAAACUUUGUAUGUACCAGAAAAUGCCCACCAUCAACUUCUGUGUAACAUGCAGUCCCCUUUCUAUACACAAUAUGGGAAGACUGAACAUGGCCAGAUGCUCAAUCCUAACUACCAUCAAGGUGCUUAUGCUAGAACACUAGCACCAGGUCUUUGCAGUUACUCUCAUCUACAAAGGACAGAUAUUGCUGCUGGAAAUUCGCAAUCCUAUUCCAUGAAUCAAGAAAAAUUGACAAAAGAGGAUCACAGUCAGUUUGGAAAAGAAUAUGGGAAUUCAAGGUUUCCACCGCUUUCCUUUCUACCCCCUUAUCAAUUGGUUCAGUCUCCGAGCACACGCCUCAUUCAGCAAAUGGAGCAUAUUUAUGAGGGCACACCACGUCCGCUUCACACACACCCUAGUUCUCACGUGGUGCUGCCACCUAUAGGUCUCAUGGGAGACAGUGACUCUGAACUAGAGCAAACUCGGCCAAAUGAGAAGAAAGCAGUGACACUAUCACGCUGUAAUUCAGAUGGCUACCUGGCACAAAUGGAGAAGAUUAAUAAGCUGAAAGAAAAUAAUAAAUACAAGCCCUACACUUUGAGAGAUUAUAAGAGUUUAAAACAGGAUGUGAAACUUGGAGGUUUGGGACCAGACUAUAAAUCUGCUCAAGAAAAGACAGAGAAAAUGAAACGACAAAAGGAAUAUGCAACACAAGUUAAAAGCCAGAACAUGAAACCAGGCUCCAAACCAUCCCCAUCUCAGCUUAAACCUCCUCCAGGCAUUGAAAACAAGACAAAUUCUCGGCGGAAAUUGGCAUUGGAAUAUGCUAGAAACAUCCAGAAACCAAAACCACUCGCAACUAAACCUGGGGAUGCUAAUGAGAAAUCGGAAAGGAGUGAGUUCCCUGAACAUAGUCAAUAUGCACAACUAGACCCAUCACACAAUAUACUUCUUGCAAUGCUGCAGCAACGACAUGAAAAGGAGAAGCAAAUUGUAGCAAGAUUCACAGCAAUGCAUGUGAGCUGAUGAUAAGUGAAUUUGUAUUUCAAGUGGAACAUC